AUGGCAACAGAAGAUAAACCACGUCUGACACCCAUUGCCAUUGUCGGCAUGUCCUGCCGUCUGUCGGGAAAUGUCUCAACUCUCGACGACUUUUGGACUCUGGUCUCACGCUCGCGAGAUGGGUGGUGCCCAAAUCCACAAGAAAGAUUCAAUAGCGAUGUAUUCCAUCAUCCGAACCCGCAAAAAAAGGGUUGUUUCAAUCAGAAAGGUGGCUAUUUCAUGAAAAAGGACUUUGCGCAAUUCGACGCACCUUUUUUCCAGAUCUCCGAGCAGGAGGCCACGGCAAUGGACCCGCAGCAAAGGCAGCUACUAGAGUGUACAUAUGAAGCGCUUGAAAAUGCGGGCAUCCCCAAAGGGUCUAUCUCAGGCCGCAACAUGGGUGUUUUUGUCGGCGCAAAAACAUCAGAUUAUCGCCUGGGACUUCUCAGGGACUUGGACCAGCUUCCGAUGUUUGAAACAACAGGAAACCACCAGUCCAUUCAAGCAGGGCGCAUUUCAUACUAUUUUGAUCUCCGAGGACCGUCUCUUGCGAUCGACACAGCAUGCUCAUCCAGCUUGUCAGCAUUGCAUUUAGCAGUGCAGAGCAUUCGGGCUGGCGAGUCCGACUCUGCAAUUGUCGCUGGGUGCAAUUUGUACUUGGAGCCUGAUGUCUCUGUUUCCAUGUCUAUGCUUGGUCUGUUCAAUGAUGAAGGAAAGACUUAUGCAUUUGAUCACCGCGCCAACUCGGGGUUUGCCCGUGGGGAGGGCGUUGGGUGUCUGAUCCUUAAACCUUUAGACCAAGCCGUCAAGGAUAAUGACCAGGUUUAUUCCAUCAUUGUAAACACUGGAAUUAAUCAAGACGGCAAAACAAUUGGAAUGACAAACCCGAGUGGCGACGCUCAAGAAAGUCUCAUUCGUGAUGUCUACAACCGUGCAGGAAUCUCUCCUGAAGAUACUGGCUUCGUCGAGGCUCACGGCACGGGAACUAAAGUCGGUGAUCCCAUUGAAGCAAACACCAUCCACCGUGUCUUCAGCUCUGGCCGGACCAAGAGAUGCCCACUCUACAUGGGCUCUGUCAAAACCAACUUUGGUCAUUUAGAAAACGCAAGCGGCAUAAUCUCCAUUAUUAAAGCGUCAUUGAUGCUGAAGAAGGGCUUGAUUCUGCCAAACACCAAUUUCGAGAAGGCCAAUGAAGCGAUGCCCUUGGACGAUGAGAAGAUCAAAGUCCCAACGACCAUUCGGCCUUGGCCAAGGAACAAACGUUUUGUCAGCGUCAACAACUUUGGAUUCGGUGGCUCUAAUGGCCAUGUUGUGCUAGAAAGGCCGCCUUUCUCCGUCUUCGAGACGUCCCAAGGAAAUCAAGAGGACGAGAUCCCGCGACUAUUUGUCUUAUCCGCCAACCAGGAAACAGGAACCAAGCACAUAGCGGCUAAGCUCGGUGUCUUUGUUGAACAACAUCCAGAGGUUUUCCAGAAACGCCUGAUCCGAGACAUCGUUUAUACGCUCGGUGAGCGCAGAACACAUCUUCCGUGGCGAAUGGCAAUCACUGCGACGUCUUGCAACGAGCUUGCAGCUUUGCUUAAUGAUGCGGAUGCUAUCCCGAAGCGAGCAUCUAUAGAUUCCAAGCUUGCCUUUGUGUACACUGGUCAAGGUGCACAAUGGCCUCAGAUGGGAAGAGAACUCACGAUCAGCCACCCUGUCUUCGCGGAAACCAUCAAAAUUGCAUCAACAUGCCUCGAAAAACUUGGGGCAACCUUUUCGCUGAUUGAGGAGCUUUCAAAGACCAAAGACAACUCGAUCGUGAAUCAAGCACACGUCUCCCAGCCAGUUUGCACGGCAGUCCAGAUCGGCCUCACGGAUCUGUUAUCCUCUUGGGGCAUUCGGCCUUCCAUGGUGACGGGCCAUUCAAGCGGUGAAAUCGCAGCUGCAUACGCGGCGGGCGCAAUUAAUAUAGAGGCUGCAAUGGCCAUUGCCUAUCACCGGGGCCAAGUGGCAAGCAACAUCAAAGUCAAGUUUCCUAAACUACGUGGAGCAAUGCUUGCAGUCGGCACCAGCCCGCAAGAAGCCAAGAAUAUAAUCAAGUCACUUGAUCUCAACGGAGUCACUGUGGCAUGCGAAAACUCGCCAAACUCAAUCACCGCGUCCGGUGACGAAGCUGCCUUGGGGAUAUUUGCGGCUGAACUCGGCACUUUGGGAAUUUUCACUCGCAAGCUUCAUGUAGAUGUCGCAUACCACUCAACCCAUAUGAAGCUUGUCGAAGUUGACUAUAUCACCGCUAUCAAAGACAUCACUCCAAAGAAAGUUAGUGGGGUGGAGGUCUACUCCUCGCUUUUAGGCGGCAAGUUGGACUCCACGCUCGCACUGGGCCCGUCGUACUGGGUCGAGAACUUGACUAAGCCCGUCCGUUUCUCCUCGGCUCUGAAAGCCCUCUAUACAGAAACCAAGCCAGAUGCAGUGGUGGAGAUCGGUCCCCACUCUGCUCUCAAGGGGCCCAUCCAGGAUAUUCUCAAGGGGAUUAGCCAGCAAGCAGCAUCGGAGGUGAAAUACUUUCCAUCGCUGCUUCGCAACCAAAAUGCAACAACUGCAGCUCUCAGACUAGCGGGAAACUUAUUUACGCUUGGAUGUAGUCUCAACUUCGAGGCUGUGAACCAAACCAGUGCCAGCCCACAAAAACCAGCCGUGAUCUCCGAAUUUUCUCCCUAUCCAUGGUCUGACCACAAAUACUGGUUCGAUUCGCGAACGGGGAAACAACAUCGGCUGAAGCCAUUUGCCCGGCAUGACCUGUUGGGGACACUUGAAGAUUCAUACAGUGACGCCGAACCAACCUGGCGCAAUGUGCUCUCCUUUGACGACGUACCCUGGCUUCGAGACCACCGAAUGCAGUCUUUAACCACUUUUCCGCUGGCUGGCUAUCUGUGCAUGGCCAUUGAGGCAGCAUUCCAGAGAGCUCAAUUGUGCGGGAUACAAAAGCACAAUAUUUUUGGAUUUCGACUUCGGGAGAUUCAAGCUUCCAAGGCGCUAAUUCUUGAUGAUGGUGGCCAGUAUGAGACACAUGUCUCUAUGAAGGCAUACUCACAAGGAACGCGAUCAUACUCGAAUGAUUGGGACGAGUUCCGUAUCGCGUCUCGGACCUCAUCCCGUGGCUGGGAAGAGCACUGUCGCGGACUGAUCAAGAUCAAUAAAGCUCGAUCUGUAAAUUCAGUCAAUGAUGGCCGCCUCCAAAGCGCAGUCGCUCGCAAAAAAGCAGUCGAUGUUGCUUCUAGCGAUGCGAUUUCGUUGGAUAAGUUCUACACUGAGCUUGAAGCCCAUGGAGCCAGCUACCGCUCUGCAUUCCGAUAUCCCGAUGACUGCAAGCUCAAACAUUACGAUGAAUAUUCAUCUUGCAAUGUCGCCGUCCCAGAUACGGUAUCCGCGAUGCCGUAUUCUCACGAAACAGAAUCAAUCCUUCACCCUGUGUUUGCAGAUCUCAUGAUCCAGCUCCCCUUCGCAGUUCUCGGAGCCGGUCGAGGCAAGAUGGGCUCUCUUUACAUACCAUCUGCUAUCAAAGAAGUUGAUGUCAACUGCUUACUUCCCCACACACCCGGCGAGAAGUUUCAACUUGUGGCACAUGGACGUCCCGACUUUGAUAAUCCCGGGCCCGUCGACUUUUCCAUCGAUGCCUGGGCUGUCCAUGGCACUGAGCCAGUUGCCAAGCUGAAUGGCGUUAGAAUGACACCCGUGAAUAGCGACGCCGGCAAUGAUCAGAUCAUCCGAGCCCUGUGCUAUAAUCUAGAGUGGGAGGUCUUCAAAGGAGCCAACACGGAUGCUUGGAUUCAAAAUGGCACCGAGUGCAAUGGAACGACGAAACUUAUCUCCAUGUGUCGAGACUCUGAGCAUGAAAAUGGCAUUCACAACGGGCUGACAGAGCAAAAUAUCACUUUCAAUGGUCACCACACUAACAAUGAAUUCAACGGCAAACUUGAGUUUAAAGAUGUCUUCAACGGCCAAACCAAUGGCCACGCAACGAGGGACCUCGCGAGUUCAGAGCACAAAAGUCUCGAAAACGCAUCUGCAGUACGAAUAACCCCCAAGGCCAGCGGAGAAUGUCCUAAUCUGAAUGGAAUCAACGGUCACGCUGCGUCUACGCUCCACCUAUUGGGGAGUAUCAAAGAGACUGUCACCCUCAUCACCGACAAACAUGACUGUGAUCCUCUCAUUGCCGCACUCGUAAAACUCUUCGCACUUCAAUCUGGAUGUAAACCCGCCGUCUCGCCAUUUUCCCGUGUUGAGAUCCUGCCUUCGGCCCGUUAUAUCUGUCUGACUGAGCUCGACACUCCUUUGCUCCAUGGAAUGUCAGCGAAUACUUUCAAUCGAGUCAAGAAACUACUGACUACCUGCGCUUCAAUCCUUUGGGUCACCUCCGGUGCUUACUGCUCUGCAAGCCACCCCGAGAAGAAUAUUAGUCAGGGACUUCUGCGCACCGUUCGGUCUGAGAUCAACAAUGGAGCAGCUACACUAGACCUGGAUCCGAACUCUGACCUUAACCCUUCCGAUCACGCCCAUUUGGUUCUUUCUGCUUUCAGAGCAUCGUGCCUUCCACAGAAUCCCGAAAAGGCAGUGGACUACGAAUUCGCAGAACAAAAUGGCCGUCUUGUUGUUCCGCGAGUUGUCAAGCAAGAAAGGCUGAAUCUCGAUAUUUUCCGUUCGACGCAGUCGUCAGCGCCGUAUCUUCAAGAGUUUUCCCAACCCAGUCGACGAUUAAAGGUCGCUGUUGGAACUUUUGGUGCACUGGACUCGCUAUACUGGAAAGAUGAGCCCGAGUUACCUCUAAUCAGCAACGAGGUCGAAAUCAAGGUUGCCUAUACCGGAGUGAACUUCAAGGACGUUAUGAUUGCCAUGGGUCAGGUCUCCAGCCCUUAUAUUGGCAUCGAGUGCAGCGGUAUCGUUGCUCGUGUUGGCUCUGGUGUCGCCGAUGUGAAGGUUGGUGAUCGUGUCUGUGCCAUGUCUCUUGGGGCGUAUGGCACAUACAGCCGUUGCCCUGCUACGAGUGUUGCUGUCAUUCCAGAGAAUAUGGGAUUUGACGUUGCGGCGUCUAUCCCCGUGGUGUAUAGUACGGCGUACUACGCCAUAUUCGAGAUUGCACGCAUGGAGCCGGGCGAGAGCAUCCUUAUCCAUGCAGCUUCAGGCGGUGUCGGUCAAGCAGCGAUUCAACUUGCACAAACGCUUGGAGCUGAGAUAUUUGCGACUGUUGGCAGCUCCCAGAAGAAGCAGUUUCUCAUCGAUACCUAUGGAAUCCGUGAGGAUCGCAUUUUCUACAGCCGAGAUACCGACUUUGGGCCAGGUAUUAGGGAAGCCACCCGUGGCAAGGGUAUCGAUGUAGUGCUCAACUCCCUGGCGGGUGAUCUCCUGCACGAGUCAUGGCAGUGUCUGGCCUCCUUUGGGCGGUUCAUCGAGAUUGGCAAGCGAGAUAUUACGUCGAACACUCGCCUUGAGAUGGCGAAGUUUGAACAGAAUUGUACUUUCAGCUCCAUCGACUUGACACUCCUUGCUGCGGAGCGACCAAAGAUCAUAAGCCGUGUAUUGAUCGCGGUGAUGAGGAUGCUGACCGACCAAACAGUAAAGCCCAUUGGACCAAUCUCGAUAGUGGGCAUCGGAGAAACCGAGACUGCGCUGCGAAAUUUGCAGAGUGGAAAGAGCACGGGUAAGGUGGUCGUGGAUCAUUUGGUGAACCAGGAGGUCAAAGCGAUACAUCCCCCUCCAUCAGAAAUACUCCGAGGAGAUGCAACGUACUUGAUCAUCGGUGGCACGGGAGGAAUUGGCCAGGCCAUUACCAAACACAUGGUGGAGCGCGGAGCACGGCACAUAAUUCUGUUGUCACGGAGUGGCAAGAUGACUGAUGAAUUAAGUCGCUUGGUUUCUGAGAGCCAGGUAGCCGGUGCUUCCGUUUACAUUAAACGAUGCGAUUGCGGAGAUCAAUCCUCUGUCCAUGCGCUGAUGAGAGACGUCCAAGAGACAAUGCCUCCGGUGCGAGGCCUGAUUCACGCUGCAAUGGUGCUCAGAGACGUCCUUUUUGAGCAAAUGACCUUCGAGGAUUACGAUUCCGUGAUUCGGUCCAAGGUCUAUGGUGCAUGGAACUUUCACAACGCCUUUCUUAACACACCCCUCGACUUCUUCGUUAUGCUAUCGUCGGUGGCUGGUAUCGUUGGUAACAAGGGUCAAGCGGCUUAUUCCGGUGCCAAUACGUACCUCGACGCACUGGCACAUUUCCGUCGCCGCAAUGGCCUGAAAGCGUCAUCCCUCAAUCUGGCAGCCGUGCAGGGUGUUGGUUACUUGGCUGAGGAUUCCGCGAAGCUGUCACAGGUCAUGAAGAACCUGUCUGGCAGCACUAUGGAUAAGGCUGAGGUUCUGGCUCUGGUGGAGGGUGCUAUGCUGGGCAAGUGUGGCAGCCAGUGCAUUACCGGAUUGCACUUUGAGGAUUCAUUUUCGCUGCCUUACUGGGCAUCUGACGCCAAGUUCUCGAAUCUCCGCUAUGCGGCGCUUGCCGAGGCAGCAGACUCAAAGACCUCAUCUUCUUCUACAGAGUCACAAAUUGCACACCGAAUGCAGAAAGCCUCUUCUCUGGAUGAGGCGCAGGAAGUGGUAAUGGCUGGUUUGCGGGAAAAACUAGCUGCUAUACUCAUGGUGCCUGCUCAGACUCUCGAGUCACAGCAAGCUUUCACAUCAAUCACAGCAGCGGGAUUGGACUCCCUCAAUGCGAUUGAAUUUCGAAAUUGGAUAGGCAAGGAGCUCCAGGCUCACCUUCAAGUUCUGGAGCUGUUAACCAGUGGCGGUAUGAAAGAUCUGGCGUCUUUGAUUUUGCGGAAGACGAGACUAAGCGGUACUUGGUCGGAAGAGGGAUCGAAGUAA